CCUCACGCUUUCUCGCGCCUCCUCCUGUUUCUUGUUAGCUUCAUACCUUUGCGUUCCUCUGCUAUGGAGCAUACUCUCCUCUGCAAUCUCGCUCGCUCACGGAAGGCUGAUGUUGCGAGCAACUGGGGAAUCGCCAGGAACCCACCAGUGACAAGAAUCCAUCUCCAACGAAGACAAGAUUUGGAACGAUGAACCAGAGAGGAUGCAGGGAAGAUCCAGACCGUAGCUUAUUAUUGGAUUUAGUUUGUGGUUGGGUGGGCCUCAAAGCAAUCGGGUGGCUGGUGGCGGAUUCGAGAGCUGAGGGAGAGAGUGGAGG